AUGCAAGUUUUCUCUUUUUUCACUCUUCUCUCAGCAGGUCUGUGUGAGAGACAUCAUAAAGUUUACAAGCUGAAAAUGGACAAGGCAUUGCUAAUAUUCCAUAGCGAACUUCCGUACAUCGUUAGUGUUUACUACACCUCAGAUUAUUGUUAUAAGUGUCUUUAUCAGCCCCUUGCCACAGUUGGGAAUGGGCAGAGCAAUAUUUCUGUGGUGGUAAGCACACAAUUCACACUGACUCUAAAAAUCACACAUGUGGAUGGAGACGGCACUCUGUGCAGUCUGAGUCAGACAUUUGAGGAAGCUGGCCAUUAUUCUCUCUGGAUGAGGCAGUCUGGAUUGCUAAAUGAUAUAACCUGUUCUCUCACUGUGGAUAGGAGUCCGAAUAACGCAUACCUGCCGCUGUUGGCGGCAUUCUUGAUCCUGGCUUCUAUCACUGUAUUUUGGGCCUCUUUGCCUUAUAUACUCAGAUGCAGCUGUACACAGAGGCUAAAGAACCGUAUUUGCCGUCGCGGAUCUCAAAACUCCAUAGAACUGGAUGAGGCGAAUAAUGAACAUUCUGUGGACAAAAGCAAAUCAAAGUCAUCAAGGCUGAAGUCACUGGACACAUUUCGAGGAUUCUCUCUGACGGUUAUGAUAUUUGUGAACUCCGGUGGAGGUGGUUACUGGUUUUUCCAACAUGCACCUUGGAAUGGUCUCACAGUAGCUGAUCUUGUGAUGCCUUGGUUUGUGUUCAUCAUAGGUACUUCUGUAGUGCUAGCAUUCACCUCGAUGCAUAGGAAAGGUGUUCCAUGGCUACAGCUCCUUCGCAAGAUUACAUGGAGAACCAUCGUCCUGAUGUUCAUCGGUUUCUGCUUCAUGAACUACAGCCCAAGAGAUGGAUAUUUAUCCUGGUCCUGGCUACGGAUACCCGGAGUGCUCCAGCGUUUGGGUUUCACCUAUUUUGUCCUGGCACUGAUGCAGACUUUCUCUCCCCACAGAGAGAUCCCCUUGAGGGAGCAUAACUGGUGGAACCCCAUUCAAGAUUUGGUUUUAUACUGGCCUGAGUGGAUCUUCAUUGUGUUGCUGGAGACCAUGUGGUUGGGUCUCACUUUCUUACUGCCUGUUCCAAACUGCCCCACUGGUUAUUUAGGAGCUGGUGGUAUUGGAGAUGAUGGUUUAUACCCCAACUGCACAGGAGCAGCAGCCGCGUAUAUAGACAGGUGGUUAUUUGGGGACAACAUCUUCUGGUAUCCAACAUGCAAGGUCUUGUAUCGUACAACCGAGCCUUUCGACCCAGAGGGUGUUCUGGGUACAAUUAAUUCCAUUGUCAUGGGAUUCUUUGGCAUGCAGGCUGGAAAGAUUCUUCUGUUUUUUCGUAAAAAGAAUAAAAGUAUCCUGGCUCGAUUCCUGAUUUGGGCCCUCAUCCUGGGAAUCUCUGCAGCCAUCCUUUCUAAGUGCACAAGAGACGAAGGAUUUAUACCUGUCAAUAAAAACCUUUGGUCCCUGUCAUUUGUUACUUGCAUGGGCUGCAUGUCCUUUGUGCUGCUGGGUCUGAUGUAUUUCGUUGUAGACAUUAAGGAAUGGUGGGGCGGACAACCUUUCAUUUAUCCUGGAAUGAACUCUAUAUUUGUCUAUGUUGGAAACUCUCUGCUGGGAUUUUACUUUCCUUUCAGCUGGGAGAUGCGUUUUCAGGACAGUCACUGGGAACAGCUUUUCCAGAAUAUAUGGGCUACCGCACUUUGGGUCUUCAUUGCCUACCUGCUCUACCGCAAAAAAUUCUUUCUCAAAAUCUGAUGCUGCUGUGCUGGUAUUUUUGUCUCAUAAAAGUCCUUGUAUUUCUCUUUAAUUGAAG